AUGCUAUGCUUGUGGUAUAUCGUGUUGUUAAACCUCGUUCCAUUACUUUUGAUAAGUGCUAAAUUUAACGAUCAGCAAUCUAAAUUCAGAGAAAACUUACGUAUCGUAGGUGGUCGGGAUGCAUUGCCAGGAGAAUUUCCAUAUGUUCUGGUUAUUGGAUUGAGUGUACUACUACCAAAUAAUAGCAAAAUAUAUGAACCCUAUUGUUCGUGUGCCUGCCUUAAACCAACUUGGACGUUAACAGCGGCGCAUUGUGUAGAGUCUUCAAGGUCUCCCAACAUUCCCGAGACCGCUGAGUCGGUGUUGCGAUAUCAUAAAACCUCAAACGAGGUUGGCUACGCUAAAAUACUGUCUAUUUUCAUAAAUCCUACCUACACUGAAUCCCCAAACUUCUGGCUCCAUAACGACGUCGGUCUUUUAAAAACUGAAUCUAUCGACAUACCCACGUACGGAAAACUAAGUGCUGUCGACUAUACAACUCUUUAUGGUUUCCAAAUAUUUGCGGUGGGCUAUGGAUUAACUGUAGACGAUGAAGGCCGUAUGAAAAAUGCUCUAUCUAUUAAUAAAACAUUGCAAGUGGUGAAUGCGGUCAUUAUCAAAUGUAAUGUGAAUAUCCAUCCAGUUAUUUGCUUGACCGGUGUGUGUGGCCGGUGGUCGCCUCUUUGUCCUGGAGAUUCUGGAGGUCCCGUCAUACAUUCUUCCGGAAUUAUUGGUGUUAAUUCGGCUUCAAUCAGGGAUCAAUGCGAAAGCCGAAAAAAUUCAAUACCUAAAAAUGGAUUGGAAACUACCGUUGGCAUGAUUACGCCGAUUAGCCCUUUUGUGAAUUGGAUCGUUAAUGUUAUAAAGUUAAAUGAAUGA